UAUGUCUAAACACUGUGUGUAAGCUAUCAUCUCUGUAUGCAAACAGCCUUCGAUCACACUUCUACAAUACACGAGAAUCACGAGUAGACCAGAAUCAAUUCUUCUCAACAUGUCCGUGUUGUUCAAAUUUUGCGUGGCAUGCAUCGCUUCUGUCGUCCUUGCAGGCAAACAAAAUGAAGUGCCUAAAAACAAUUGCGAGAAAGAAGCUGAUUGUUUUUUUAAAAACGUAACACUGUACACUCUAGACCCUUCGAAAUUUGACAGCAGAAAAUAUGAGAAAACAUGCGGCGCACAAGAUAAUUUGAAAACGUGUUUGAAAAAUAUAAAAAACAAAUGUAAGACCAAAGAAUGGCAAGACAAGGUGGUUAAAUUGAAUGUAACAGAAACUUUCGUAAUUGACCUUUGCAGUGAAUCUGGAAAUGUAGCUAUUUGGGAACUGUAUGAGAAUAAUAAAAAUUGCUUGAAAGGUGCUCAUGUUCCGUCUAUCUUACAUAAUUGCACUACAGAACUAAAUACGUGCUUUAGAUCAGAACAGUCAUAUUCACUUAGGUGCUAUCAAAGAUUCAAAUACUGUGUUGCAGAUUCUGUAUGGGCAAAGUGUGGUCUCAGACCUGCCACCUUUUUUGGGGAUAUGAACUCAAUAUAUUUAAUGAGCGCUAAAAUUAACUCAGUAUAUCCAAAUGGUACAUCAAAUUGAGUUAUGGGAAACAGUGUUUGCUAUUUUCCCUCAAUAAAAUCCUGCAAACUGUA